AUGCACAAGGACCUGAAGGCAUGGACACGGGCUUGCAUUGCCUGUCAACGGAGCAAGAUCCAGCGGCACAACAAGGCCCCCAUUGGUACCUUCCCCGGCCCUGGUGCAAGGUUCAGCCACGUUCACCUGGACAUUGUAGGCCCCCUGCCUCUGUCCAAUGGUUGUUCCUAUCUCCUCACCUGUGUGGAUCGGUUCACUCGGUGGCCUGAAGCAAUUCCCCUGCCUGACAUUGCUGCUCCAACGGUGGUCAAGGCUUUUCUCAGUCGUUGGGUUGCUAUCUUUGGUGCACCCUCCACAAUCACGACUGACCGUGGUGCCCAAUUUGAAUCUAAUCUCUUCCAGUCUUUACUCUCCUUUUUAGGCUGUACCCGCAUCCGGACGACAGCCUAUCACCCGGCUGCUAACGGGAUGGUCGAGCGGUUUCACCGCCAGCUGAAGGCCUCCCUACGCGCCGCGGCCGAUCCGGAGAACUGGACGUAUCACCUUCCCCUGGUCCUCUUGGGCAUCCGCUCCGCUCUCAAGCCGGACCUUGACUGUUCCGCAGCUGAACUGGUGUUCGGCUCCACCGUCCGACUCCCCGGUGAGAUGAUCUCGCCAACCCCUCAAGGUGCAGUUGAGGAUCCUACCAACCUCCUGCAUCGUCUCCGGCAGUUUAUGCGGACACUUUCUCCGGUUCCUCCCAGGUCUUCCGCCUCUCCGUCUUAUCUCGAGAAGGACUUGGCAACGUGCUCUCACGUCUAUCUCCGAUGUGAUCGAGUCCGCCGGCCUCUGGAACCGCCCUAUGACGGCCCAUUUCGGGUGCUCUCUCGCGGGCCGAAGACUUUCCGCAUUCAGCGCGACAAUCGUGAAGAGGUCGUGAGUGUGGACCGCCUCAAGGCUGCCGUCCCUGACACUCCUCCGGAUGAGCCCUGUGGUCCUCAACCUUCUGCUUCCCCCCACGUAGCCUCUAUUCCACCGUCCCGUAUUUUCCCUCUGCCCUCCUGUCCGCCAUCGCCGACUGCCACCACCAACUCCAACACAUCCGCCACCAGAUUUAUUCACUCUUCUACGGACCCUGUAUAUAUCACUCGUAGUGGUCGUCAUGUACACUUUCCUGAUCGGUUGGUCACGCAUUUCUUUUAG